AUGGAGACUGUCUCAUGCUCUACACCUACAAGGCCAGGACAGUCUCCACCAACGCCGAUCUUCACGCCCUUCUCGAAGCUGCAGGGCGCAUCAACUACCAUAACUGCCUUGCAGGAGACAAAGUCCAGAAAGACGGACGUGAAGCAGCUGAGUGAUGGCACACUCAUUAUUCGUGGUGAAAAGUUUCCAUCACGGAACGUUGGAGGUGUUGGAUUUGUGGUACACUCAUCUGUUGUCCAUCUUGUCGAUUCGCAUGAGAUCCUAUCACCUCGCCUGGCUAUCUUUCGACUCCGUCCUCUGCAUCAGGAAACCGUCACUACCAUCAACUGCUAUUCUCCAACAUCAGCAGCUGAUGAUUCAAAACUUGAUGCUUUUUAUGAGGAUUUGGAGAAGUCAUUCGCAAAGAAAACUCCUUCUAUAAGUUUGUCGAGGGUGACUUCAAUGCGAAAAUCGGGAUGCCAGAAGAAGGGGAGCACAGGAUAG